UUGUGCUAUGGAAACCGUGUUGAAAGUGCUUGCUUUCUGGUGCAAUGCAGCAUAAACUGGAGACUGGAGUCAAAGAGUCAAGAUUCAAAAUAAAUAAUAUGAACGCCUUUUCAAAAGUAGGCAGGUCAAAAAAGAAAAUGUGAGGCACUAUGGAAUGGAAUGGGGACUAUGGGAGGCGUGCAACAUGAGAUUGAGACUACUGCCGGUGCCACCAACCGCGCCAACGAAUCCUCACCGACCAACCCUCUUCCUCUAGUUUCUCAUGUAUAAAAUGUCCAGGCAGCAUCAUCAUCAGUAAUCGGAACUGAGACACUCAAGCUCACCAUUUUCUUUAGAGGAAGCCAUGGAAAGUGCGAUCGGCAGAGUCGCUCCUCUGGAAGCCGUCCUGUUCGACAUCGACGGGACGAUGGCCAUCUCCGACCCCUUCCACCACCGGGCCACCUCCGAGAUGCUCAUCAAGGUGGGCUACAACAACGGCGUGCCCAUCACGCCGGAGUUCGGCAUGACGCACAUGGCCGGCCGGAGCAACGAGCAGAUUGGCCAGUUCCUGUUCCCGGACUGGGACCAGGGCAGGCUCGACGCCUUCUUCGCCGAGAAGGAGGCGCUCUUCGCCAGGUACGCCGGCGAGGGGCUCAAGGAGAUCGCCGGCCUGACCACGCUGUGCCGGUGGGCCGGUGAGCGCGGGCUCAAGCACGCGGCGGUGACCAACGCGCCCAGGGCCAACGCGGAGCUCAUGAUCUCCAUCCUCGGCCUCUCCGAAUUCUUCCAGCUCAUCGUCACCGGCGAGGACUGCGAGCGCUCCAAGCCCUUCCCCGACCCCUACCUCAGGUCGCUUGACCUGCUCGGCGCCUCGCCGGACCACACCCUCAUCUUCGAGGACUCCACCAUCGGUGUGCAGGCCGGUGUUGCCGCCGGUAUGCCGGUGAUUGCCAUCGCCGACGAGAGUCGGGAGAGCAAGCUCCUCACCGUCGGCGCCUCGCUCGUCAUCAGGGACUACGAGGACCCAAAGCUCUGGGCCGAACUGGGCAAGUUGGACACCACCAGACCUCAAGCUGCUGAGGCCAAUGGAGUACCACAUAGCAAUAGUUGAGCACGACGCUGGAAAACAAUUUCUUGCCAUGUUUCAUUUCACGCAAAACUGUAGUUGCACACAUUUUGUCAUUAAUGUAUGGUGUAUCUUUAAGGUCAAUACAAAGUCGCCCGUAGGCCAAGCCGGUACAAAUAAGCAAGACCAAAAUUGAUUGCGAGGGGAUCCUGCAAGAGCUA